AUGACCUGCCAGUAUUGUGGCGGUAAAGUGGGCAAGGGCAUCUUCGCGAAGAUAGACAUUGAGCAAGACACAUUGCUUGGCGAAUACUUAGGGGAGCUCCUUCCGCUCAAUGCACCUCAAGACAACACGGAUGCCUACCAAUUCACUCUCGAUAAUAUAUGUAUCAUUACCGCGAGAGACUACGGGAACUGGACGCGAUACAUUAAUCACUCGUGUGACCCAAAUGUCAGGGGCGACGACGGCAUGUACGGGAACCGGCGGGCGAUCACGUUCCACGCGCUGAGGGACAUUUCCGCAGACGAGCAGCUCACAUUCGACUACGGCGACGCUUACUUCGGGAACAUGGGGAUCAACUGCCAGUGCGAUGCCUUCCCCGGGCCACACCUCCGUGGCGGAGCGCCUGUGCUGCCUGCGCCGGCGGCCCAAGCUGCAGCAGGCACUAGUCAGGCGGCGGCGUAG